AUGUUAAUUUCUCUCUCUCUCUCUCUCUCUCUCUCUCUCUCUCUCUCUCUCUGUGUCUACCUCAGUCUGUUAGAUCUAUCUAUCUAUCUAUCUAUCUCAGUAUGUUCAUUUAUCAAUCUACCUCAGUCUGCUCAUCUCUCUCUCUCUCUCUCUCUAUCUAUCUAUCUAUCUAUCUAUCUAUCUAUCUAUCUACCACAGCUUAUCCAUUAUUAUUUAUUUAUCUAUCUGUAUAGAUAUUUGUGCGUGUGUGUAUCUGUCUCAGCGACAACUGAUAACCACACCAUAUUUCAAUGCAUCGAAGUAUCUAUCUAUCUAUCUAUCUAUCUAUCUAUCUAUCUAUCUAUCUAUCUAUCUAUCACAAGCUGUUUGUUACUGUCUUAUGCUAAUACUAUCUAUCUUAUGCUGUUACUAUCUAUCUAUCUAUCUAUCUAUCUAUCUAUCUAUCUAUCUAUCUAUCUAUCUAUCUCAUGCUGUUACUGCCUAUCUAUACUGUUACUAUGUAUCUGUCUAUUUCAUGCUAUUUCUUACAUUCUCUCUCUAUCUCACGCUGUUUCUCACUAUCUAUCUAAACUGUUACUAUCUAUCUAUCUAUCUAUCUAUCUUAUGCUGUUACUGUCUAUCUAUAUUAUUAAGAUGUAUAUUGUUACUCUCUUUCUAUCAAUCUCUCUCAUGAUAUUACCAUCUAUCUAUCUAUCUAUCUAUCUAUCUAUCUAUCUAUCUAUCUAUCUAUCUAUCUAUCUAUCCUGUUACUCUCUUUCUACCUAUCAGUCUAUCUUAUGCUGUUAUAUACUUACUAUCUAUCUAUGUAUCUAUCUAUCUAUACUGUUUCUAUAUAUCAAUUUAUCAUGUAAAUCAAAGAUAAUUUAA